CUCCCGCCUAUCAGCUACCUAUCUUGUCCGCCCGCAUUCCGCUCGUAUAACGCCCGCUCCACCCUGUUGCCUCCGGAUUGUGGCCUUACGUGGCCUUCGACACCUCCUCAGAGCUACAAUCAUUCCAAGUCCCGACGUAUCCAGAUCUUGUUUAAUGUGCAUGUGGCUUGGCUUUGUAGUCAACUGUGCAAGAUGGGUCAAGGUGCAGAUAGCCUGCUAGAGAUGACGAAGCGACAGCUCAUACGGAACAUCCACAUGCUUGAGGAUGUCGGCGACUUACCCUAUGGAUUUCUUGCACCCGUUCUGCGACAAAUAAAGAAUCCCGAUCAACUCAUAGCCCUGGAAGCCAACUGUCCGCAGCUUCUGGGUGAGACAGGCGAAAUAUGGAUGAAAUUCAUCAAACGAGAUAUUCCGGAUUACCAGAAGCAGGCGCACAAACCUCGUGACGAGAAAAACUGGAGCAAGGUCUACCGCAAACUGAAGAGGGAUUCCGAGAGAGAGGAAGAGGCACAAAAGGAAGCUUUGAAGCAGCAAAUGCAAGCCCUACAACAGAAUCGGCAGGGUCACCAAACCACUAUAAUCGAGGGCCGAACCGGCCAGGUCCCUAGCGCUACACGUAAAGCUUUCGGUUUCACCACCGGCAGUUCAUGGAGCCGCUCAUCUGCACCGAAGCAGACGGGGAAAGCUGCCUUCGACAAGCUGAGAAGAGGCAUAUAUGACCAGAAGCAGGCGCGACCCAAGGCAUCAAUGAUGCCUGCGCACAUACUGGCCGAGAGAAAGAGAGCUGUGCAGCAAGCACCGGCAAGGAUGGUGCGGCAGGCUGAAAUUUCCUCGACGAACGAAGGACCACAGCGUAUGGUCAUAUCCAAAGGGGCGUCGGCCUCCAUCGCCGCUCGUGACACUGCAUCUCCUAUCACCAGUCGACCCAACAUCAAGUCAAGAUCAAUGCCGCAGUCAAGCUCAGCUACCCCGACUCCUUCACAGCAGACACGGCUUCCGGAGGGUCACAGAUUUUCGGCACCAAGACUACCGUCUCAACGCCCAGCGGGUACGCCUCCUGCGAAGAGACGGGCGGAGGAGCCUGCAAAGUUAUUCCACGAGAACAAGAGACGAAAGCCUUAA